GCUCACAUGCAAUUUCUCGUGCCUGCCGGCCUAGGUCGGGUAACAAAAGCGGCGGAACAUAUGACUGUCCUUUCGCCGGUUACAACUUUCUCUCUCUAAAAACUCUCUCUCUCUAAAUUCUCUCUCUGGAUUAUACAUUAACCUGCUAUAUACAUAUAUAUCGAGAGAAGAAGACUUCGAGCAUUUUCAUCAUCGAUUAGCCGUUCACUUGGUUUCUUUCUCUGUGGGAUGAACUUGAGAGAACAGUGAAAACUGAUGCUAAGGAACCCUUUUUAUUAUGUUGGUACGCAAACCAUGAAGAAAGCAAUUCUGGAGUGGAAGUUGCCCAUAUAUUAGAGCAGCAUGGAUGAAAUGGGAAAACUAUUCUAGAUUAUUCUGUGGUUGUUGAACUAUGGCUUUUAAGCCAUUUAGUGAUGUCGGGGACAGCUCUCGGAGAUCUUAAUACACUAGAGGGAUCUGAGAGGAAGAAUGAGAGCUCCAGUAAGGAGGGGAGCUUUACUAAGCCUCAUGUUGAGCAUACUAACAAUGAUGUUGAAGUAAGGCACAAAAUCACUGCAUCCCUGGUUGAAACUCCAAUCAUUGGAGAUGAAACUGUGAAAGCUGGAGCAGAGGUAGGAAUUCCAGAAGUGGAAUACAUUGAAUCUGAGAAUUUGACUGAUGUUGAAGAUGUGGAUAUGAGUGUCAAGACACUGUCAACUGGACUUGACUCCAAAGAUUGGGUUUUGGUGUGUGAGGCCCUCAAUAAUGUACGUCGAUUAUCUAUAUUUCACAAGGAAGCAAUGCUAGAUAUGUUGGGGAAUGUGAUCUCCCUUAUUGUGAAAUCCCUGAAGAAUCCAAGAAGCGCUGUUUGUAAAACUGCAAUAAUGACAUCUGCAGACAUUUUCAAUGCAUACAGUGACAGCAUAAUUGAUUCUUUGGAUCCUAUGCUUGUACAGCUUCUCCUCAAGUCUUCACAAGACAAACGAUUCGUAUGUGAGGCAGCUGAAAGGGCUUUAAUAGCCAUGACUUCUUGGAUUUCCCCCAUCUUGUUGUUGCCAAAGUUGCAACCUUAUCUUAAGCACAGGAAUCCUCGGAUUCGAGCGAAGGCUUCAAUGUGCUUUUGUCGAAGUGUACCACGACUGGGAGUUGAGGGUAUAAAAACUUACGGGAUUGACAAUUUGAUCCAAAUAGCUGCAUCGCAGCUCAGUGACCAGCUUCCCGAGUCCAGGGAAGCUGCUCGCACUCUCCUGCUGGAGCUGCAAACAGUAUACUUGAAAUCUCAUGACCCAGCACCAACUACAGUAUCUGAGGACCCAGAGAUGGGUUCUUGGGAGAACUUCUGUCAGUCAAAGCUCUCACCUUUAAGUGCUCAAGCAGUACUGCGUGUGACCAACAUUGAUCGAGAGGGUCUUGUUCUGGGUUCCUAGCAUGAGGCAUACACAACAUACAUAGAGGUUUGAUUAGUAUUGUCUAUUUUGUCCUCUUCCAUUGUUUUGGUUUGGUUCGUUAUCUUUUACUUGUAAAUACUAUGAAACACUGAGAUGUUUGCAAAGGCGGUUGGAGCAUGUUCUUGAGUUUUAUAUUUUUUUUUAUAUAUAAUAUUUCAUAUAUGGUUUACUUUUAGCUACCAUUCCCUCUGUUACGGAUGUGUAGUAUAAUCUAUCAAUAAUUUCUAUGCUGUGCAUAUUAUUGUUGCAA